UCACCCCGUGUUUGGACGGAUAUUGAGGGAGGCUGCGACGGAAUGAAACAUGGCGGGGAGCGCGUCCAUCCCUGACAGACCCAGGUGAGCGAGCGCGAAGCGCGAAGCAGAAGGGGUUUUCGGACCUGGCUUCUUGAGUGGCAGCGGAGCUCGUGGUUGCGGCUCUUCCACGGAAGUAAAGAUGCACAGGAAUUCAGGAUUGAUGGCAGCUAUUGACACUGGUACAGACUGAAAACUGUUCCUGAAAUGUAUGUAUGAACAAAUUCUGUAUCUGAAUGAGCACUGUGGAGAAGAUGGCUUAUGUUAGCCCAAAGGAAAUUGCACUGAUAGUUGGAGUGGUGGCAGCUUGCUACUGGAACAGCCUCUUUUGUGGUUUUGUUUUUGAUGAUGUUUCAGCCAUUUUGGACAACAAAGACUUGCAUCCUUCGACUCCUUUACAAAACCUCUUUAGGAACGACUUCUGGGGGACUCCUAUGUCUGAGGAGAGGAGUCAUAAAUCAUAUCGACCACUCACUGUCCUCACUUUCCGUUUGAAUUAUCUGUUCAGUGAAUUAAAUGCGUUUUCUUACCAUCUUCUGAACGUCGUCUUCCAUGCAGUUGUUUGUAUAGUCUUCCUCAAGGUCUGCAAGCUUUUCUUGGACUACAGAAGCAGUGUGGUUGCAUCCCUCUUAUUUGCAGUACAUCCAAUACAUACUGAAGCUGUGACUGGAGUAGUCGGCAGAGCAGAGCUUCUCUCAUCUAUCUUUUUUCUUGCUGCUUUUCUGUCAUAUACUCGAUCUAAAGGGCCAGAAAACACUAUCGUAUGGACUCCCAUUGCACUGACUGUCUUUCUGGUGGCUGUUGCUACAUUAUGUAAGGAACAAGGAAUAACAGUGGUGGGAAUAUGUUGCAUCUAUGAAGUAUUUAUGGCUCAAGGGUACACCUUGCCUAUUCUGUGGGAUACAGUAUUGCAGAUUCUCCGAGGCAAAGGCAGCAUUCCUUAUUGUAUGCUUCAAAUGCUGUUGAAACUAAUUGUUCUGAUGUUCAGUACUCUAUUGCUUGUUGUGAUCAGAGUCCAGGUUAUACAGUCACAACUGCCAGUGUUUACGAGGUUUGAUAACCCAGCUGCUGUGAGCCCCUCUCCUGCAAGGCAGCUCACUUUCAACUACCUCCUUCCUGUAAACGCCUGGUUGCUCCUCAAUCCUUCAGAACUAUGUUGCGAUUGGACAAUGGGCACCAUACCACUCGUAGAGUCUCUCUUAGAUGCAAGGAACAUUGCCACAAUCACAUUCUUCUGUGUUUUGGGAUCUUUGCUUGUCUUCAGUCUCCGGUACCCUGGGGAUUCCUCUAAGACUGUACUAAUGGCACUUUGUUUAAUAGUGUUGCCAUUCAUCCCAGCAUCAAAUCUUUUUUUUCCUGUUGGCUUCGUAGUAGCAGAGCGAGUGUUAUAUGUUCCCAGCAUGGGAUUCUGCAUGCUAAUAGCCCAUGGGUGGAGAAAGCUGACAAGCAACAGUGUGCUAAGAAAACUGUCCUGGGUUUUUCUGUCUCUGGUGCUGUUCAUUCAUGCCUUAAAAACACUACACAGGAACUGGGAUUGGGAAUCUGAAUAUACAUUGUUCAUGUCAGCUUUAAAGGUAAAUAAGAACAAUGCCAAACUCUGGAACAAUGUAGGUCAUGCUUUAGAAAAUGAAAAGAACUUCGAACGAGCAUUAAGAUUCUUCAUACAAGCCACCCAAGUUCAGCCAGAUGAUAUUGGCGCCCAUAUGAAUGUAGGAAGGACUUACAAAAAUUUAAACAGAACCAAAGAAGCUGAAGAAUCCUAUUUAGUUGCAAAAUCACUGAUGCCGCAGAUUAUUCCAGGUAAAAAAUACGCUGCACGAGUUGCUCCUAAUCAUCUGAAUGUUUACAUAAAUCUUGCAAACUUGAUUCGGGCAAACGAGUCUCGCCUAGAAGAAGCAGACCAGUUGUAUCGCCAAGCAAUUAGCAUGCGGCCAGAUUUCAAACAGGCAUACAUAAGCAGGGGUGAACUGCUUCUAAAAAUGAACAAGCCGAUGCAAGCUAAGGAAGCUUACCUUAGAGCCCUUGAGCUGGAUAGGAGCAAUGCAGAUCUGUGGUAUAAUCUGGCAAUUGUUUAUAUUGAACUGAAAGAUCCAACUGAAGCUCUGAACAACUUCAACAGGGCAUUAGAAUUGAAUCCCAACCAUAAGCUGGCACUGUUUAAUUCUGCACUGCUGAUGCAAGAAUCUGGUGAUGCUAGACUUAGGCCUGAAGCAAAGAAGCGGCUUUUAAGUUACGUAAGUGAAGAGCCUCAGGAUGCAAAUGGCUACUUUAAUUUGGGUAUGUUGGCAAUGGAUGACAAAAAAGAUGCUGAAGCAGAGACCUGGAUGAAAAAAGCUAUAAAGCUACAGGCCAGUUUCCGAAGUGCUUUGUUCAAUUUGGCACUACUUUAUUCUCAAACUGCAAAGGAAUUGAAAGCCUUGCCAGUCCUGGAAGAGUUACUGCGAUACUACCCUGAUCAUACCAAAGGUUUGAUUUUGAAGGGAGAUAUUUUGAUGAACCAAAAGAAAGAUAUCAGAGGAGCUAAAGAGUGCUUUGAGAAAAUUCUGAAAAUGGACCCCAACAAUGUACAAGGGAAACACAAUCUUUGUGUAGUUUAUUUUGAGGAACGGGACUUAUUAAAAGCAGAGAAAUGUCUAGUGGAGACUCUGGCCUUAGCCCCACAUGAGGAAUAUAUCCAGCGUCAUUUAAGCAUUGUCCGGAGCAAAAUUGCAUCACUUGGUACAGGGGGAGCCUCUGUGAUUCCUACAGAGAAAACUACAGUUGCAGAAGAGGGGAAAGCCACCUUUGCAAACCUGAAAGAGGUAAGAAAUGAACAGAAAACUACUCGGACCCCAGACAGUAAUAAUAAAAACAAAGGUCAAGGAAAAGCCAAGAAGCAUGAGGAGAAAAACAACACAGACAAAGAGACAAAAAAGAAAUCUACAAAAGAAAUAAAAGACAUAGAAAAAAAAAGAGUUGCUGCUCUGAAAAGACUUGAAGAGAUUGAACGUAUAUUAAAUGGUGAAUAAUUUCUUGGGUCACCUCAGUGCUGGAAAAUGAUGCUAUUUCCAAUGUUGUGUGUAUUGAGUCAAAAUGACCACUAGGCAUUUUUGAAUUUGAAAGGAAUAAUGAAAACAUAUCAUUAUUUUUUAAAAAAUGGGAGAAGACUGUUUUUGCCACACAAGGAAAUAACCUGUUAUGAAAAUUGUGGAUUUUAAUCAAGAGUUUCUGGGUAAGGGAGCAUAUCUGCUGCAAGAGGUUUCUGGUGAUGUAAAUGGUAAUUUUCAUAUUGAAGGCUGCUGUGUUAACUUACUAACCUAGAAGCAGGACCCACUGAACUCAGCAAUCCUGGCUUCAGAGUAAAAAAUGUUUCAGGCUGGACUUUGCCUGCUAGCGUUUGUCGUAUUCCCAGAGAGUUAUAAAAUGCUAGAAGGCAAAUUUAAAGGGCAUCUCAGAUACUAUGUUUUUUAGGCUGACUCUUCAAGGGGAGUUUUUCUGGUGGAAGUGCUUUUCGAAGUGCAAAUUUAAUUUGACUAAUUCUCUUUUUUUCAGUUUGCGUAUAAAUUCAUUGGUGGUUAUUAUGCAUCGCACCUACCUUUUCUCUUUAGCAUAAUUCAAGUUUCAGAACAUGUAAUAGAUUUAGUAAUAAAUACCAUUCAUGUUAAAUAUGUGCAUGCACACAUUUCAUAAUUUUUCUGCCUAUAUAAAUCGCACUGAUGUUCAGUGGGUCCCUGAAUUGUGGGGGGAAAUUUAUAUAUAAAACACUCCUGUGCUUAUUGAAAUUCCUUAGUGAUUUAUUAAGAUCCAGUGAUGUUAUGUUUUAUAUAACAGCUGUGUGUGCUUGUAUAUCAAUUGUCCGUCAGCCUGCUAUAAGGAUUCACUGGAUAUGAAACCUCUGGGUUUAUUUCUUUCCCAAUAUAUGUGGGAUUUUUUGGCAUUUUGUUUCUUUUCAGUGGAGUAACACGGGGCACCCCAUAUUUAGUUCUUUCUUUAUGAAUGGUCUCUCUGAUGUCAUACACUUAGUUAAAAAGAAAAACUGACAUUCAUUUACAAUCACUGUAAUAGUGCUUCUAGUUCUGGAAUCUUCCUCAUAAAUGUGACACAAUUGAUUGCAGUUCAAUCACAUUUCUACUGUAAUUAAGUAAUUCUUCAAAAAAGAAAAACUCUGAGGGUUGCUUCACAUAAUUUCUAAACUGUCGGAAGUUUUUAAUUAAAAAUAUUUAUUCUGA